CAUUUCUGGAAGGUACUAGAAACCAGCAGAGCAUUUCAGUCCACAGGCCACUGAAACAAAGGAGCUGGAGAGCCAUGGAGAGUCAUCAGGACUUUCAGAACCUUAAAGCUAAGUUCCAGGGCUUGCAGGCUGGGUUUAAUGAGCUACCCAAGAAGCCACCACCACUCAAGGGCUCUCAGCUGCCAGGCCUGGGUCGAACCCACACUGUUUCUGAGAGUUCCUCUCCUUCUGGGGCUCCUGCUGCUAACCAGAGGGGACCUCCAUGGCAAGGACAAGGGGCCCCGCCUAGCCCUUGGCUCCCUAAGCCAGGGAGAGGCUCUCAAGCCAGUACCAGGACCAAGGAGGCUCCCAGAGAGCAGCAGCCACUAUGGAAAGUUGUAGGGAAUGCUGGAGAGAAGGCAUCCUCACCUCCUAGCCCCUUGGGCUCCCCAAAGACUCCUAGGAAAGAGCAAGGCUUGAGUGUCCCCUGCAGGAGACCUCUGCCACCUUUGAGGACACUUGGUCCGCAGCCUCCCAAGCCCCCCCUCCCACCAGGCAGCCUGCAUUUAGAACGGUUCAGGAGGACAGAGACCAUCCGCAGAGCGGCUACAGGCAAGAAAACCAUCUUGGGUGGGGAGACUCAAGUGACAGCAUUUCGGAAGCCAGGAUCCCUCUCCAGGAGCAACUGCCUGGGCCCCCCAGUUUCUCCCAUCCCACAGAAUCCAGAUGAGAUUUAUGACGAUGUUGAGCCAAGCCCCUGCCCACCAGGCCCCAAGAGGAGAGAUGACCUACUGGUUGCAGAGAGAACUCUCAGGGAUUUCCAACAACCUGGCCUGCAGCCGUGGAACAGUUGGAAACCCUCCAAAGAGGCCAAGAAAGAAGACAUCUCCAAAUCGCUGAAGCCUCCAAAUCCCCUAAAGCCGUACGAGGAGAAAGCAGAAAGGGAAUUCAGGAAGAAAUUUAAGUUUGAUGGGGAAAUCGUGACUUUGACAAGGAUGAUGAUUGACCCCAAUGCCAAUACCCGUCGUGCUGGUGGCAGAAACUUGGCUAUCAGACGUGGGGAGAUCCUGGAUGUGAUCCAGUUCACCAGCAGAGAACAGAUUCUAUGCCGGGACGUCAAUGGAAAAUAUGGCUUUGUCCCUAGAAAAGUUCUGCUCCCCCUGGAGACAGAAAUAUAUGAUGACGUUAGUUUCUAAGGGAAACGUAGGAUGAGAAGCAAUCGGAGCCACUGACGGACCUGAAGGGCUAGAGCCCCAUCUUCCUUUGCAGAGCGUCCUUGGACCAGGCAAUCUCUUCCUUCGUGGCGGGUCCAGAGAAAACUACAAGUUUCUUCUUCAUGUAUUGAACCCAUUGACCUGUACUGUUCUCACGUAUGAACACGAUUAAAUCUUCCUUUCUUGUG